AUGGCUACAAACAGUGGCCGCGGCAACCAAAUUGGUGCGACUGAGGGUCCGAGCAAAGGUGACGACUUCCCACCUCCCAUUUCGAAAGAUGUCAAGGAGUCCGUUAUUGCUAGCCAGACGGAGACCGGCCUACAUGCCGCUGGCCAGGACGCAGCCACGGCCCCAGACGGGGAGACCAAGGUCAAGUCUGCAGAAGAAUUAGAAAGGGAACGCAAGAAGGCAGAGAAGAAUGCCAACUUUGCCCAGAAGCAGAAGGAGAAGGAGGCAGCCGCAGCAGCAGUGAAGCUCUCUGCCAGACCCAAGAAGGAGAAGGUGCCCAAGCCCGUCGAGGAGCCGCUGCCCGAAUACAUCAAAGACACCCCCAUUGGCGAGAAGAAUAUUCUCAAGUCCAUGGAUGAUCCCCAUUUCAAGGCUUACAACCCGUAG